GAGAUUUGUACAACUUGAGGUUCAUCAUCACUCAAAUUAAAGGGGUUUUCAUUUUCUUUCUUUUUUUGUCAUACAGAUACAGAGGAUUAAUAAUGGGUGAAUCUUGUCCAAUGAAUGGCGGUGACGGUACAUAUAGCUACGCCAAGAACUCCACUGGGCAGAGAGAUGUGGCACGUGCUGUGGAGGAUGCAAUAAAGGAGGCAGUGAUGGAUAAUCUUGAUUUAGACAAGUUGCUGUGUGGUUCGACCAGAUUCGCCGUCGCCGACUUAGGAUGUUCGGUGGGGCCCAACACAUUCUACUCCAUGGAAUCCAUCAUCAAAACCGUGCAACAGAAGUCGUCCACUAACAACCUCGAAUUCCAAGUGUUGUUCAAUGAUCAGAUCGGCAACGACUUCAACACCCUCUUCGCCUCUCUUCCUCAAGGGAGGAGCUACUUUGCGGCGGCGGUGGCGGGCUCUUUCCACGGCAGAUUAUUCCCUUCUUCUUCCAUCCACAUCGCAUAUUCCUCUGUCGCGAUGCAUUGGCUGUCCAAGUUGCCGGAGGGGGUGGCGGUGAAAGGCUCUCCGGCGUGGAAUGCCGGAAAAAUCCACUACAUGGGCGCCUCCGACGCGGUGGUGAAAGCUUAUGCAGAUCGAUUCGAGGAAGAUAUGGAGAUAUUCUUGAGAGCUAGAGCUCAAGAGAUUGUAGCGGGAGGAAUGGUAGUGACUCUUCUUCCCGGUGUACCUAAUCCAGAUAUUCAGCACUAUGCCGCCGUAGCGCUUAACUUUUUGGAGUCCAUCCUCAUCGACAUGGUGAAAGAGGGAGUUUUAGCGCAAGAGGAAAUGGAGUCGUUCAAUGUUCCUAGUUUUUUUACUUGUAUAGAUGAUAUGAGGAGAGUGGUUGAGAAAAAUGGAAGUUUCGAAAUAGUGAAGAUGGAAAUGGUGGAUUUAGCGAUCAAUGCGGAUGCUGAGACGCUAGUAAGGCACCUUAGAGCAUCAACGGAAGGAACAAUGGUGAAGCACUUUGGGAAAGAGAUAGUGGAGCAAGUUUUCGAGAGGGCUAUGCAACAAAAGCUCCACUUCACUCGCAUCUUGGAUUCAAUGGGGGACAAAGUGUUUGCUGGUAUGCUCUUUGCAGUGCUCAACCGCAAAUGACUCUACCAAUCCAUC